GCUAGUUGAUCACUGGCGGCCGCACACGCGCUGGCCACUAACAUUAAAAGAAAAACGUUUUUCUUUUUUCUAACUUUAAAAAAUUCCCGCGUUCGUGUCACCUUCAUUUGUUUUGUGUUAAUUUAGUUGCAUAUAAAGUUCUGUAGUAACAUUAUUAAAAUAUUAUCUUUAUCUGUGAUUAAAUAUUGCAACAGUUAUCAGUUUGAAGAGUUAAUAAAUUAGCAAUUAACACCAACGAGCGUUGGUCACUGCAACAAUGAGCAGACAACUGGACACGUUCUAGAGAUCGACGGCGACUGGUAUUUAUAGAACAUGCACCGAAUUUAUAUAAUUAACCGCACAUAAAUAUAGACUGACCGAACGAACGAUGCGACCGAACGGAUCGUAAAGCGUAAAUACCUACUUAUAUUUAGCACAGCAACUGUGGAGUGAAUUUUAAUGUUGAUAAACAGAGAGAAAAUGCCUCUGCCGAUGGUGAAAAGAUGCUGUGGAUUUCUUCCUUUGGAGGUCGGGUUCUACGCAGUAUGUCUCUUGUCCAUUCUGGGCUGCGUCGCCAACAUCACGGCGGGUGCCUGGAACCUGCCCCGGCACCGGGAGAGAGAGCCCGAGGACAACCUCAUAUCCAUGAGCAUGGUCAUGUUCUCCGCCCUCAGCACCAUUGGCAACCUGGUGGCGGGAGCUGGAGCGUAUCUGAGGCGUCCCGGCUAUCUGCAGCUGGCUAUCGUGUUCAACUCGGUGUUCAUCCUGUGCAUAUUCCUGAUCGCGGUGGUGACGUGCCUGUUCAGUCCCGAGCUCAAGAAGAGCCAUUUCCUGGAUUCCGCGGGAAACAUCGCUCUGGUGGUCAUCAUGUUCUUUGCGGGAGCAGCAUACUCCGUGUACUACUUGGCAGUAGUGAACUCCCUGUAUCGUACCAUGAAGGACGACGGUGACAGUGCGAUACCCAUUUGAGGGCAGUUCCAAUGGACCACGUCGAUCACGAACGACAUGACCAGCCUGUUAUAGUGUGACAACUUGUGGUUUUAGUGACGUGAUUCUCUGUGACAAGUUUUUUGUGACGUGAUUAUGACAUAAUUAUCUUUGGCCUUUUGGUCGGAUGUUAUUAACAUGACAUGUGUGGUGAAGUGUUUUGCGGUGACCAGUCUGGAUUUAUAUUGACUGGAUGGUUAACUUGUAAGUGUAUUCAAGGUGAUUGUUGGUAUUUUAUGUGUAAGCCAUGUAAGUUAGUUAAGCCAUUGUUAUUUAUACUUAAGGUUUAGAAUAAGAAUAUUACGUAUUUUUAAAAAAGGUAUUACCUAGGUGUAAAGUUGUUUGGAAGUCACUACUUAUACUCUGUUGUUAUGAAGGUAAAUCUAUAAUAAAUAUAUAAUUGCAUAUUUCAAUUUAGCGAAUGUCCAUUUUGCGUGUUUAAAUAUUAACAAAUAAUAAUGUAGCUACGUAACAUAUUUUUAAAAUGGACAAAAAACAUUUAUUUCUAGUCAUUCUACCUACAAUCAUAAUCGCUUAAGCUUAAUUUAAUCAUACUUAAAUAGACAUAUUUAUAAGACAAGUAUUUGAAAUCAUUGUUGUGUUUAUUUAUUUCGAUUUAGAAAAUUAUUGAGAUGGAAAACUAUAGAAAAACAUGCCUUUCACGAAGCUGUAAAAUUGUUGAUUAUUUUGAAAUAUUAUGCUUGCGAUAUCCGUCCAUAUCUAAUUAGGAAAUUUAUGGGAAAAGGUAUCUGUAACCAUUAGAUACAAAAAAUAAAAACAAUUCUUGCUAUAACGUUUUUAUUUAAAUACACAAUGCAUUUAACAAAGCGUUGUACAACAGUCACAAACAUCAAAAUUUCUAUAAAAUUAAAUUCAAUUCACAUUGUAAAUAAUUGUUACAACAUUUAAAGCGUUUUAAUUGAUCGAUAGUUGUGCAGACAUCAACUUAAGGCCUAUUCACAUUGAGAAAGGCAAAGAAAUCGCAAAAAUUGAUUCUGUAACUUACCGAUAUACUCAUUAUAUCUACUACAAUAAUAAUUAUAUUCGAAAUUGAAUACAAAAUAAUAGCACCGCAAUAGACUCUGUACGUAAAAGUACAAGUCUACCAACAUUUUAUUGUCUUUUUAUUUAAAGUUGUAAAAAUAGUUUUAAAAAAGAAGGUAAGAUCAAUAUGAAUAGGCCUUGAUAAAAUUUAAAUACAUGCAUAUAAAAUAUUUCUAACGAAAUUUCUAAUAUGUAUACUUGAAGGAGUACAUUCAUCGUAAAGGACAGGUAAAUAGUUACAUAAAUAGUCAACACUUUAGGGUAAAAAUGCAAGAAAAUCCCAUUUAUAAAUCCAUAAAUACUGAUAAUUUUAAAUAAAAUGUAAAUAUACCGUUUGCAGGAUUCUCUUAUAUUUUUAAAUCGAUUUGAGAAGCAAAUAUUAAGACUAUAAGAAGUUAAUAUUCAUGUAACAAUAUUAUAUUAAGUAUGUAUAAUAACUUAUUUAUAGCUGGGGUAUUUGGGGUACCUAUAAUUCUGUUGUUAAUAAAAUGUAGAUCUUUUUGAUAGGUACUAUGUAUGUAUUAAUAAUAUGUAUACAUACCUUGCAUUAUGUAUUAAUUAGUUAAAUAAUAUAAGUCCUGCCAGCUAUAAAAAGUUUUUUUUAAUAUGUAUUGGAACAUACAAUUACGACAAAUAUUUUAUAGCAAAUAUAUUAUUUAUCGUAAUAUACAUUUUAUAUUUGA